AUGUUGCCAAACUUACGUGCAUUUAUUCGAAUAAAUAUGGUUAAUUGGGUUGGAAUGGAUGAAGCUGGUAUAGAUGGAGGUGGAAUAUUCAAGGAGUUCUUGUGUGAAGUAAUCAAAACAGCCUUGGAUCCAUCGCGCGGAUUGUUUGCAGCCACGAAAGAUCAUUUCUUGUAUCCAAAUCCCUCGGCAUCUACCAUCUACCCAAAUGAUUUUCAGGAUCAUUUUUAUUUUGUUGGGCGUCUUAUUGGCAAGUUAAUAUAUGAAAAGUUAUUAAUUGAUGUGCGUUUUGCCGAUUUUUUUAUUGUUCAAUCUUUUAAAUCCUUUGAUACGAAUCUUCUCGAUUUGGAAUAUAUCAAAACCUAUGAUUCUCAAUUGCACGCUAACUUAAAAUUUUUGAAAGACUGUUCACCAGAGGAAGUCAAUUCACUUGACCUCGAUUUUAGUAUUCUAACUGAUAAUCUUGGAGUAUUGCAGAAAAUCGACUUAAAGAAAAAUGGUAGCGAGAUAAAAGUGAAUGCUGAAAAUCGUAGUGAAUAUAUUUCGCUCUAUGUGAAUUAUCUUAUUUCAAAACUUGAACCUAUGAUAUGUGCAUUCAAAGCCGGUAUUCGGAAUGUUAUUGAUCCAGGUUGGUUACGAAUCUUCUCUGCUACUGAAAUUGGAGCUCUUAUUGGAGGUUUGGAUGCUGAUAUCGAUGUUAACGAUCUUAAAAAUCAUACGAAAGUCCACAAUAUAAAAUGUAAGAAUUUCGCAAAGAAACCUGCUGAUGAUGAUUUGCUAUAUAUGGAUAAUUUUUGGCUUUUGAUAAAUGAUCUGCCUUCCGCACAAAAGCAGUUGCUGCUUAAAUUUAUUACUGGAUGUUCUCGACCUCCUCUCAUGGGUUUCAAGGCUCUUUAUCCUCCAAUGGGCAUUCAGCUGAUACAUGAUUCGGAUGGAUUACCUACAGCAGCAACUUGUUUAAGUCUGCUGAAGCUACCAGUUUAUAAAGAUACGACAACAUUAGCCAGUAAAUUGAAUAUGGCGAUAAAUUCGAACGCGGGUUUUGAAUUGUCAUGA